AUGGCGGCGGCGGCGGCGGGCGGAGAGGUGGCGGUGGGCGACGGAGCCACGAAGCCGCUGUUUGCAGGUCUUGCAGAUGUGUCAAUAUCAGAAGACAUUCCUGUAGAAGGAGAAAUUACUGUUCCUGUGGGAUCUAAUAUCCCAGAUGAAGACUAUUCCACAUUAGAUGAACCAGUAAAAGAGACAGUUAUGCGAGAUUUAAAAGCAGUUGGAAAGAAAUUUGUCCAUGUCAUGUAUCCCAAAAAGAGCAGUGCCCUCCUCAGAGACUGGGAUUUAUGGGGUCCAUUAAUCCUAUGUGUUUUACUUGCACUAAUGCUUCAGGGAGGAGCAGCAGAUAGUACAGAAGACAGAGGCCCUCAGUUUGCAGAAGUCUUUGUUAUCAUCUGGUUUGGAGCAGUUGUCAUAACACUCAAUUCCAAGCUCCUUGGAGGAACCAUAUCUUUCUUUCAGAGCCUUUGUGUCCUGGGCUACUGCAUCCUGCCACUCACCGUGGCUCUUUUAGUGUGCAGGCUUGUACUGAUAGCAAACAGUGGGACUGCUGGCUUCGUUGUGCGUCUUUUAGUUGUGGUAGCAAUGUUUGGCUGGUCAACUUUAGCCUCUACCGCUUUCCUGGCAGACAGCCAACCCCCAAACCGCAAAGCUCUCGUUGUCUACCCCAUUUUCCUUUUCUACUUCGUCAUCAGUUGGAUGAUCCUCACCUUUACGCCAUAGUGAAUGAAGGUGCUCUCAGCAAAGACGACAAAACCGAAUGAAGGUGUUUUUGUUGCUUUUCAAUGAAAACCUCUCUCUGUGGUUGACCUGCCUGCCUCUUGCUCUGUUUCUGCCGAUAUUUAUAAUGAAUGCUGUGAAAAGGCUGGCAGGUUCCAUGUCGGAAACCACAAACUGCUCUUACUCCUAUUUCUUUGAAGAGCACUACUGAUAUCUCCUUGCUGGGUUCUGUUUUCUACUGAUUCUGUGUCAGCCUCCAGUCAGGAGAAUGGCUAGAUGUAAUCCUAUCUUGGCCAUCGAGAUUGUUGACAAAAGAGAAGACUGACUAUCUAGAGUUAACUGAUUUAUCAGAAGGCCACAGUUCUUUAGGAGAAUACUAUGUUACAGUUUCAAAAUAUUUGCUUUCUUGGGAUGGGAAAUGCUAUCCAAUUUCACUUAUUGUCCAAAAACUAAAAGGGAACAGGCGCAGAAAGAUUGUCUUUUUCAGUUUUUUCAUCCGUUUUUAGUUGUUCAAAUCAGUGCAGUCUCUUCACUCCCUGCGCAUUGGUUCAAAGGGCCUUGUGGAAGAAGACAAGAAAAGAGCCAUUUGGCCCAGAUCAGCCACAAGAGACCUUGGAUCUCUCUUUAAUGCAGGAGGGAAAAAGAAGCUGCACCAGACUAGUCAGCAGUUAAGGGCAGAGAGGCAGAGUGGUUGUGGCACGGGAGGUUUUGAUUCUGGAAACAUGAAACACAGAGUUCAACUUCUGACCUCCGAGUGGAGCCUGGUCAUCCGAAAGGAUUUCAGCUGCAUCAGAUCUGGCAUCCCACCCCGUGUCCCGUAGGGAUGGCCUUUGUUAUAGAAUGACUUGUGAAAAGGGCCACGGGUUUCUCUGCGAGUUCUGGCUUUUUAAUUAUAAAAUGGGGAAGCUAUUUAUUUAGUAAGGUAGGGCACAAGCUGGGCUUUUUGGGUUCUGCACGUUCACAUCCAUUGUGAAGGUUCUGGAAGAAGCUGCUCUUGAAACGAAAUUCUUCCUGUCUAGCCAGAUGUAGGCGGUAGUUGACAGCUUAUAUGUGAUUUAAUUCUCAUGGUGUAAUUAAUACCUUAUUUUGUAUUAUUACCUAUUAAAUUAAUUUUAUUUUGUUGCAUACUUGUUGGGGUUUUGAAGAGUAAAACUGUUCUCUCUAUAUAUAAAUUACUUCUUUGUGUUUCUUACUGA